GACGGGGCACGCCGGGCGGAGCGUUGGCCGUUGGGGUGGAUCUUACGAUUCAACGCCUCAGGCCUCAACCCGCCCAAAUGGAGCCUGUUUCUUCCACAGUGCAGCCUCUCCGCUGACUCCUUCCCUCACACCGCGGAUCCCACUCGGAUUACCUCCCAUCUCCACCUUCAAUUCACUUCACGUUCGAUUAAUUUGAACUUUACCUAGUUGUGUUUUUUCAGCGAAAGACUUUUAAGUAUUUCUGGCUGGUUUGGGUUAGUGGAAGCGUUAUAUUAUUUAUUGGAAAACAAUACUGUUGUUAAUUUAUUACUGUGACUUAAUUCCAGUAAUUUAGUGCUGUGUUUAAAGUAGUUCCACUUUAAGAAUAACAUGAGCCUUAAUGCAUACCUGAGUUGACCAGCUGAGUCACUCCCAAGACUUUGAGUUUUUUGUUUUAAAAACCAGCAUCUGCAGUUCCUUGCAUCUCCUUAUACAUCCCUUGCACAUUUCUAGAGAUUUUACUCAUGGAGGAGAUGCAUGCAACCACAAUAGAACAAAUGAAACGAUCUGUCUACUAUCAGCUCAUAACAAUCGACAAUUAUCAGAAGGCCAUUGGUGUAGAGGUAGUACAGCUGUUGGAAUUGGUCAGAGUGAAUAUGCGGGAUAUUCAUGUAAUAUUUGAAGAUUCCAGCAAAAAUUAUGAGGCUCUCCAUGGUCCGUUAAUUCAGCUCCACAAAUCAAGUAAAGACCUGUACAAAAUGCUUAAAGAAACCAAAGCUGGUGUCUUAUUUCAGCUAGAAAAGCUCAUGAAUAGAUCACGGAUUCCAAAACGUCAACUGGCGUCCAAUGGUUGUAAAAGUAGCGUUAAUGGUGUACCUCCAAAAGAUCUUAAACGUCCCAAGGAAAUUAUAAACGGAUGCGUUGGUGAAGGAUUCGUCAGCUGUGAUCCUGAGCUUCACAUGUCCAGAAGGAAUAUUUCCCAGGUCAACGGUACAUGUGACCAUAGUAUCACAUCAAAAUAUGAAUUGGACAAAGUGCAAGAGGAAGAACUAUUAGUGAAACCCUCCAAUGAAAGGGUGAGAGUUGACCAGCCUUUAGAAGUUAGAGCAUCAAAUGUAUACCGUGAUCUCAGAAUGUCAAAGGUAGAUGAUAAGUUAACUUCUGAAAGCACUAAUCUCACACAACAACAGAUACGGAAGGAAGAACCACUUAUCCUUGCCAGCAAAUGCAAGCCAUCAAACAGCAAGCAAAUAUACGUGGCUGGGUCAGAAAGGGAGGUUUGGGACACUUUUGAGUUCACUGCAUCAGGCAGCAACACGGAAGAUGAAGGAAAAAGGACUUGUGAUACCCAGAUUGUGAUCCCAACUCUGGAUGUUACUUCCUCUCAAGAACCUAGGAGUAAUAAUGAUGCUCUCCAACAGUCAAAUCCAUUUGAUCAAAUAUCAAACUCAAGAAGGUAUAUUGUUUCUCCUCAGCAAUGUGUCCGUCCUUACAACAGCUUGGAACCACUAACUGACAGUCAGUUUACAAAUUCGCACGUUGAAAGCAAUGCGGGUUCACCUUUAACUGAAAAUAUUCAAGAAUUCCAAUAUUGUCGGUGGCAGGAGAUGGAGAUAAGGGUCAGUUAUGUCGUUGAUCCUCAUUAUUUUUACAUACAACACAUCAGUCAGGAGCUACCAGAAUUAAUGAUGAAAUUAAAUGUUGAGUGUUCACAGGACUCUGCCACAAUGUGCUGCAUCCCUGUGAUACGUUCCUAUGUCUGUGCCUGGCUCCCCGAAAACAAACAGUGGUACAGAGCUUAUGUGAUCAACGUUGUGGCACCUGAAGAAACCGUCACAACUGAUAGCCAUCAGCACAUUUUAGUGGAAAUAUUAUGCAUAGAUUAUGGAUUCUCUGCUGCACUUUCAGUCAGUCAUUUAAAAAAUUUACCGGAAACGUUUUAUGCCCUUCCUCAGCAAGCUUUGCGUGUUUCUUUAGAAAAUGUUUCUCCAGUACAUGGUGCCGUAUGGUGCAGGUCAGACAUCAGAUGGUUCAAGAAAUUAGUGAAAAACAAAACGUUCUUCGCAAGACUUUACCAAAAACUGAACGUUGUGACAGUGGUGCUCUUCAGUGAAAGGGGGAAAAUAGGCAUCAUGAGGAGAGGGUCCACACUUUCCCAAAAGAUGGCAGCAGCUGGUUUUGCAAGAUUAUCAGAAGCUGAUUGCACUUCUUCACCAAAAGGUAGACCAAGUAUACCGUGGCACUGGAAGCAACGCAUAAUAAAAUUGCUAUCUGAAGCAACUAAUUUGAAGAAAUGACCAGCCCAGGCAUUUUUGAUCUUUAGUUUACCCAGAUCAAAACAGAACAGAAAAAGAGGCAGACCCGAACAUCAAUUUAAUUUCAAUUUGGUAGCACACUGUUCAAUGGAUUCAUAAAUGUUUAGUUUACAUGUUACUGGAACUUACUUGUUAAUCAGCACUCCAUAUUGUAUUAUAAAGACACAUUGAACACAUUUUAAGCAAAGGAUAUUGGAAUCUUGUUAUGCUUUAGAUUAACAGAUGCCCUAAAUGAUGUUGUUGUAAGCUGUUGUGUUCUUGUCUAGCAGUACCAACUGUACCACUUUUAAGGGAAGUUUUAUUUUACAGUUUCUCCUAGUUCAGCUGAAUAUUGAAACCAAAAAUCUGGAAAUAAUUAGCAGGUCAGGCCAUUUCUGUGGAAAGAAAAACAGUGUUUACAUUUAAGGCCAAAGCCUCUUUGUCGAGCUGCAGAAUUCUGAUGAAAGAUCUCCAAGCAGCAACACUAACUCUGUUUCACUUCCCACAGAUGAGGCCUGAAUUGCUAAGUAUUUUCAGCAUUUUGUUAUUGUAGAUUUCCAGCAUCUGGCCGUUCUCUUUGAUUUUUAAUUCUGUUGAAUACUUACUGGUCAUUGUUGGUACUUAUUCUCCAUGCAAGUUCAUAAGUCAUAGGAGAAUAAUUAGGCCAUUCGGCCCAUCAAUUCAACUCUGCCAUUCAAUAAUGGCUGAUCUAUCUUUCCCUCUCAACAUCCAUUCUCCUGCCUUCUCCCCAUACCUUUGACACCUUUCCUACCAGACAAGUAUCUGUCAAUCUGGCCUUAAAAUGACUUGACCUCCGCAGCCGUCUAUGGCAAUGAAUUCCACAGAUUUACCACCCUCUAACUAAAGAAAUUCCUCCUCAUCUUCUUUCUAAAGAUACAUCCUUUUAUUCUGAGGCUAUUCCAUCUGGUUCUAAACUCUCCUACUAGUGGAAACAUGUGCUCCACAUCCACUCUAUCCAGACCUUUCACUAUUCGGUAAGUUUCAAUGAGAUCCACCCUCAAUUUUUAGCAGUACUUCUUAAACUAAUUUAGUGUCAUUCACCCUUGAGUCUUUAUCACAAAAUUUAAUUCACCCUCGACUAACUUAUCUUAUGUUUUUCGGUAAUUUUCGUCUUAUUCUCCCUUGUGUAUAAUUAUACACCCUUGUGUAUAAUUUAUUUUGUCACCCGAGCAAAAAGCAUAAAUUAACUUAUUUCUUAAGUGUUUAUUUUAUUCAACCUUUUAAACAUCUUAAAAAUAUGUAAAGAAACAGAGAAAAAAAAAAGUUCAAUUACCACUGGAGUUGGAAAAUCAUUAUAUUAGAAUGAUAAAAAAAAACAUUCCAACAUCUAAACACUGGGCUUCAGCCCCAUCCUAUCCUUUUGGGCUUUGAUUACUGCAUACUUUUCUUGGAAAACAAGCUCAAAAAACCAUGGAGUAUAUAAAUUGGCAACACAAAGUAACGUUACAAUUCAACAGUUGCCUACGGCCAUCCUCCAGUGUUGCCGUUUAUAAAUUUAUGCUCCCACUAGCUCGUCUGGUCUUCCCUAAAAGGUUAUAUUGCAGUAAAUUUGGGAAAUAUCCUGCUACUUUUAAAUUAGAAAACCAUAAGUAGAGAG